UAUUUAUAACCUGAAAAUUCAGAGUAAACUUUCUUCUUUUCAAAUUCUCCUCAAAUAAAAUCAUGUCCAAGAAACCUUCGUCGUGGUACCAAUGUGAAAAAUGUUCCAGUUUCAUGCUGAAAAAAGAUACUCAAAAUCACAACGAUUUUUGUCAUCUAGAACCCUCAAAGCGGAACCCAAAAAGCACCUUUAUACACAACCAAGUUUUGCACGGCACUCUAGACCUAAAAUCGAAUGAGGAAAUUAAAAAUUUAUCCGCCAGAGAAAAAGACGGUUUGGUGUUCCUUAGUCAAGAAGCCAUGCAGCUGUGUGACUUUUCAAUUGGCGAUUUUGUGAUUGUGGACCACAUUGAUAAAACUGGGGCCCCUUUAGUGCAAAAAGUGUGGCCCACCAAUGAGAAAAGCCUCGUCUCAAUUUUGGUAACUAAAAAUUGCUUGGAAAAUUCAAAUUUUACUCAAAACGAUAUUUAUGCUGUGCAAAAACUUGCCCUACACAAUACAGCAGAAGCUUUAGAAAUCUCAUUAGUAAUCCUCAAUGGACCAAAGUCACUAGAAAUUUCUUCAGAAUUAAAUAAUAGGCUCUCGAAAUCAUAUGAAGGCAAAUAUUUAACUGAAGGCAAUAUAGUCUAUGUAAUGUUUUAUGGAACAAUAUUAAAAUUUGAAGUAAAACUAAUUGAAAAAAAGAUUGUUUUGACUAAGUGCCUUGAAAAUCUUUCAUUACAUAAUAAAAGAACUUAUUAUUCAACUACCCCGCACACAAAAUAUAAAAUCUUCAAUAGUCAAGAGUCUUAUAACAACCAGUCAAAAACUGUAUUAUUUAAUAUAGCAGGCUUAGAUUCAGAGAUUGAUGAAAUACAAGAAAUGCUAAAUGCCACCUUAAAAAAAUCUAAAACGAGUCAAUUUCUUCAAAGCAACUCUGUAGUUUUAUAUGGCAACUCUGGUACAGGAAAAACUACAUUAGCCAAAAUGUUAGCCCAACAAUCUAGAGCUAAUGUAAUUGAAAUUUAUGCCCCUGAUUUGUAUAGUAAACACAGUAACAACCCUGAAGAAGUAAUCAAGGAACUAUUCCAAAACUCCACUAAUAAUUCACCAAGUGUAAUUAUUAUAGAUGAAAUCGAUAUUUUAUGCCCAACAAGAAAUGGUAGGAUAACAGACUCAGAAAAGCGCAUAGUUUCCACAGUAUUAACUUGCAUAGAUGAAUUAGCCACAAAUAAAAAUUCAAAAGUAUUUAUAAUAGCUACCACCAAUAAAAUCGAUAAUAUCGAUCCUGCUUUUAGAAGAUGCGGCCGAUUAGAUCGUGAAAUUGAAAUUCCAACGCCCAACCCAAAAAGCCGCAAGCUUAUUCUUCAAAAAUUAUUCACCAAUGUCCCCCAAAAUAUUUCAGAUACUGAUUACCAGGAAAUUUCCAUGACUACUCACGGUUUUGUUGGUGCCGAUCUCGUCUCUCUUUGCGCACAAGCCAGCUUAAUCAAUUCCAGAAGAAACGGAGAUAAAAUUGAAUUAAGCGAUUUGAAAUUGGCUUUGAGAAAGGUCAGGCCGAGUGCCAUGAGAGAAGUGCAAAUCGAAAUCCCCAAUGUAAAAUGGACUGACAUUGGCGGCCAGGAAAACUUGAAGCUUAUUCUAAGACAAGCGGUCGAAUGGCCACUAAAAUAUGCUGACAGUUUUGUACGACUAGGAGUGACGCCUCCUAAGGGGGUGCUAAUGUUCGGCCCUCCAGGUUGUUCUAAAACAAUGAUCGCCAAGGCAUUAGCCACCGAGAGCGAAUUGAAUUUUUUGAGCAUCAAAGGGCCAGAAUUGUUCAGUAAAUGGGUGGGUGAAUCAGAAAAGGCUAUAAGGGAGGUAUUUAGGAAAGCUAGACAGGUGGCACCGUCUAUUGUGUUUUUUGAUGAAAUCGAUGCAUUGGGAAGCGAAAGAAGCUCAGGCUCAUCUACAAGUGUCCAAGAAAGAGUUCUAGCUCAACUACUAACAGAAUUGGACGGCGUUACCCCACUGGGCGAUGUAACGAUUCUGGCAGCCACUAAUAGACCGGAUAAAAUUGAUAAGGCCUUACUCAGACCAGGAAGAUUGGACAGAAUCGUUUAUGUACCUUUACCAGAUGACAGUACCAGGCGGGAUAUAUUUAGAAUAAAGUUAACAAAAAUGCCUACUCAAAACGUUAGUAUUGAUGAUUUGGUAUUGAAAACAACUGGUUACUCAGGGGCAGAAGUCAAUGCGGUUUGCCACGAAGCAGCGAUGAUGGCCUUGGAAGAAGACCUCCAAAGCACUUUUAUAGAAGCCCGUCACUUUGAUAAAGCAUUGAAGAUGGUAACUCCAAGAACUCCUGAAAGCUUAAUUAAGUUAUACGAAGAUUAUAUAAAUGUAAAAAUUUAAUAAAACGAUGACAACAA